AGGAUGUUUCUCUUGAGUCCCUCUUCAGCCAAACUGUUAAUGUCAUGUGUUGUUUAUGCUCUUCACAUGGUCAGCCUGUCCUUAUUACACUUCUCUACUUGUGAUUGUACCCCCCUGUGCAAAUGUGUACGUGACAGCAACACCAAUUUCACAAGUAGAUGUGACAAUACCCUGUGAGAUAACCAGUGUAUGUGAAUCUGGUUUAGGCCAGUAAAGAGGGCAGGAGCACACACACACACACACCAGGAGUGUGUCUCUUUUUGUUGGUGACACAUUUGGACUCCUCCCUGCUCUGUUCCCUAUAAAACAGCAAUGGUUAGGCCAGCUCAGCGGGGUUUGCUGACUUCCACUCGAGGGGACUUUUGUGUCAGCCCGAGCAAGACCGCCGCACUGCCUCCAUCACCAGUGGUCCCUGCAAACCACCCAAGCAAGAAACCAUGGCUCCUUUUGAAAAAUCUAUGGAGAUGAUGCCCUUCAAGCAAAGGAAAUGCCUCGGUAAGGAUGAAAAAUCUGUAAUUGCUAUGUGGAUGUCACUGAAAAUACAUGAGCGCUAGUUUUAGAGGCGUCAAUUGUGUAAAAAUCUCUCUUUAGAAACAAGAAAAGAUGAAGUGUGCAGCAUUCGGUCCAAAUUCCCCAACAAACUGCCUGUAAGUUUCUCUCUGAUUUGUUUAGAAAUAUACAGCAACUUGUUCCACUCUUUGUAUUAUUGCACGUGGAAGCUCAAACAGCUCAUCUAAGAUGUUUUGCUGUGUUCAGGUGAUUGUGGAACGUUACAUCCGUGAAAAGACUCUCCCCCUCUUGGACAAAACAAAGUUCCUGGUCCCAUUUGAGCUCACGUUAGGACAGUUCCUGUGUCUACUAAGGUAGAUAUUUUGCACUGACUUCUAAUGUAGCUUAUGUUUCAUCUUCUGAGCUCCUCUUCUUCUCAAUCCAUCCUUCCAUUUUCUCCUCAUUAAGAUUUGCUGUUUUCUUCUCAUUUUUUCAGAAAUAAAAUAGCCUUGGAUUCAACUCAAGCUCUGUUCCUGCUGGUUGCAGAGAAGAGCAUGUCUUGCAUGUCCUCCAGCAUGGGGGAGGUUUAUUCCCGCUACAGCGACACAGAUGGCUUCCUCUACAUCACCUACGCCUCACAAGAGAUGUUCGGAGCACCUCAGCCAGCAAGAACACUGCCCUGUUGAGCCUAAAGCACAACAAAUGAACUAAACCCGACCAGUGGUGGCGACACCACGCAACCUCACAGGACAGGCUGAGCCAAGCCCAGACUGUUUUUGUCCUGUUUUUUAGCCGCAAACUGAAGAUCAACCUACCUCAUGAGGCCCUCUGGACUUUGAGCAAAAGUAUCCAUCCCGUGUUGUUACAGGCGCUGCAACUUCAGCCAGCCAGGAGGAGAGAGCAGUGAACAAGACUCCCCUCGAAAGAAGUAAUUGCAAUUGUAGGGGAAGGUGCAUUAAGGUUUUCUUUUUAUGGAUUGAUGCUCUGAAAUCUGAUAAAGGCUGAAAUUGUGAUGUUGUCUGCCUGUUGCAUUUCUUUACAGGUCAUAUAUUUCCACUCUGAACUUGAGUUACCUUUUGAAAUGUCUACUUUCAAUGCAAAUAAGCCUGUUUUCAUUGUGCAGCGAUGCCAAUUCAGUGCAAAACACCACUGCCUCCUACAGGCUACAUGGACAGGGUAAAUAUAUAGCUUGUAAUCAGACUCCUUGGCACUUAUCACUCUUUCUUCCUUUUCCUUGUGUUGGUUGCUGCUUUGCCCUCUUCUUCCCUCUGAAAAUGUGAAGUUGUGCUCCUGCCUGUUGAGGUACUCCCUGAGAAAAAGUAUGUCAGUUUGAUGCUGCUCUGAUUUCUUGUUCUGGGUCAAGCUGUCAGUGAACCAAAGAAUAAAUUCCUGUCCUUGUAA